CCUGGAUGCGGAGAACGACAACUGUGACGUCACAGGCACAGAUAACAAGAUGGCAGACGAUGACAAGUCACCGCUGCUCAAACUAGAAGACGAGGAUGAAAUUGACAGCCCCAGACGUCAAAUCCACAGUUUAUUUCAACGAGAAAAUAAUCAUGUCAUCGAAGAAGAUGCCAUUAAUAUUAGCGGGAGUAAUUCGGCUUCUAAUUUAGCAGAAGAUGACCAUAUUGUUGCCAUUUUCGUGGUUGCAUUUGACACCAGAUCAGGUAAUGUGAUAGAAUGGUGUAUGCCUGAGGACACAGAUCUGGAAGGUGUAGAGUUCAAGGCCAUGACAAGUGGAUCCCACACUCUAGACACAGAUUUUGUAUAUUUUCGAAAAGAUAAUUUAUUUGGGCUUUCCUGUUUUGAGAACAUGCGUGUUGAGAGUGAGAUAGAGCGAGGAGCACGGAUGAAGUCUGUAGGUAUCCUAGCCACCUCCUACACCUUGUUGUACAGACAUAUGCAGUUUUUAGAGACCCAGGUCAGGCACCAAUUAGAAAUCCCUGGCAAGUAUACUCAGCUAAAGGCAUUUUACGAUGACAAGAAGGGCACGCUGCCAGCGGGUAGUACAUCCGACAUCUUACUCCAGCUUCCCUCCCCAGCCUCGACUCCCUCCACCCCCAGCAGAGAGCUGUUACCCGAGCUUAGGAUCACACAUCCUGCUGGUUGUUUUGCACAGUUUAUGAAGUUUUUCGGAGAGCAAAUAUUCAUCCUGUGGAAAUAUGUCCUUUUACAAAAGCGACUUUUGUUUUUCUCGCCACCUCCAAUUGGUGUGGUGUGCUACAGAGUGUAUUGCACAUGUUGUUUGGGGAACCAUGAUAUAGAAGGCCUAGGGAGCCAAAGUAUCAAACCCCAUUUCUACAUCAAUGUUGCUGACAUUGAGACUCUGGAGUCAGAAGUGGCCUAUAUAGCAUGUACGACAGAGAAAAUAUUUGAGAGUAAGACCCACCUGUAUGAUGUAUAUAUAAACAACCAGAAUGUUACAACACAUUCUCCUAUCCUCAGAGACUUGCUCAAGGUCAGCGAUGCCGACAAGGACAAGUUUGCCAAACUCAACAAUCAACGGUCAGCCCAUCUGUUUUCUAUGCAGGAGUUGGGAGAUCAGAACACAAACGAAGAGGAGAUAUUUACCUCGUUCUUCACAGAGCAGAACAACCGUUUGUUCCAGACAUUACUGGACGUGUCAUGUUCCCAGGAUCGUCAGCUGACGUCUGAGCACAUGAGGAGCAUGGGGCUGGACCCCCAGGGGGACCGGGCAUUCCUCAUGGAGCUGGUGGAAGCUUACGGCAUUGACGUCGUCCUCAUGGUGGACAACCCCUGCUGUCCUAAGUGACUAUGCCCAGUCAGGAGCGGAUGACAAGGCACCAUGAGAUUACACAGGUCUAUUCAGGGCUGUGUCUAGUGGGAAAUGACAAGCAUAACCAACCAAAUUGUGAGAGUUUGCCUAAGAGCGUCUUGCAUGGGUCAGCAUCAUUUGGUGAUUUUCCAGAAGAACAGAUUAGGCAUGUGCCAUCAAUCCAGUGUUGUCAACAUGAGCAUAGGUGGUCUGCUUUGAUGUUGGACAGUGGGAUAUGUUCAUCAAGGGGGGAGAACUCCCCUGUUAACCCCUCUUCCCUCACAGGUGGUUGAUUCUCUCUGGCUGGCACCAGUGUUACAUGGUGACCCUCUGCCAUGGUACAAGCGGAGUGGCUGGCUGGCUGGCUGGCUGGCUGGCUGUUGUGUGUUGCCAGUUGCCAAAAGAUGGAAUACCCUCCGAGAGCUUCAGACCAAUGUCCCCCAUGCUGGAAACUAGAUCAAACAAAUGUCCACCUUUGAACGAUGAACCCAUUCCUUGAAUGUAAACCAUUGUAUAAAUACACAUAAAUGUAUGGUGACAUUCAUAUGUGUAGUGGCAUUCCUGUUGUAUCAUACUUGUCUAUAUGAACUGCAUCAUAGGAUUCUGUAAUAUUGCUAAAAAUUGGACAAAGUCAGAAGAGCCUGAAACAUUUGUAAACCCAGUGUAACUGAUGAUUGUUAGUGUAACUGUGUUUUAGAGUGUGGUUGCCAUUCCAUUGUAUUAGAGCAGUUUGUGAUGCUCAUCUCUAGUGUGGUGUACACUUCCCACACUCUUGCUGGAACUGGUUUGUGCUGUCCCACACAUGCGUACACUGGGAGUUGAUUAACAUACACGUGUGUAGUCACAGAUUGGAGAGUUCAGGUGAAGUAAUCACUCAAGACCAUCAAUAAAAUUAUCUUUUUCAGCAGUACCCAAAUAGAAAUUCGGUAGUGAAUUCUUUUUAGAAGAACAGAUUUAAAAAGAAAUAGAAUUCAGAGAAAGAAGUGGAAGCGUCUUAAUUUCGGGAGUCUGUGGAAUUAGCCAAAACGAUGAUAUUUUUACUGAUGGCCGAGAAGCUGACACUACCAGUGCAGAUACCUCGUUGUAUGUGGGCUCUAUUUAGCAACUGCCAGGGUCUUAAAGCUGCCUUUAUGACUAUUUCUGUGUACUAUUUUUCUGUUGCUGUACAUUGCACAAUUUUUGCUUGCUCAUUUGUUUUAGGGUAUUUUGUCCCUGGGUGGAAGCGUUUAAGAUCAAACCAACCCUCGAGCAGACUUUUGAAUGAGUGCUGAAUAUAUAGUCUAAUCUUAUUGGAAAUAGGUUACUAUUUAUAGCACGGGAUGGGGGCAGGGAAGCUAUUUUCAAAGGGCGUGUCUACGAACCUACAUAACAAAAUGGCUGCUUUCUAAAACGAAAUUCAGGGGAAGAGCAGCUGAAUGUGUACCAAUCACUGAAAACAAGGACUUCUAUAAACCUCCAUGUACACGUAGGUGCACAUAUAAUGCAUAUUAAUACAACAUAUGUAUACAAAGUCAGUAACCAUCUUUGUAAAGUUUGUAAAUUAAAUUGAAUUGUCUUUGAUGUACAUAAAACUAUGUGCCAGCAUCAGCAUUAUCCUGUGUUCCCAGCAUCAGCAUAAUCCCAUGUUCCCAGCAUCAGCAUAAUCCCCUGUGUGCCUAGCAUCAGCAUAAUCCCCUGUGUGCUCAGCAUCAGCAUAAUCCCGUGUGCCUGGCAUCAGCAUAAUCCCCUGUGUGCUCAGCAUCAGCAUAAUCCCCUGUGUGACCAGCAUAGGCAUAAUCCCUUAUGGCUACAAGUGUAUAAUAGGGAUUUUUUUACAUAAAGGUCAUCAUUUAGUGGUAGUGCUUAAUUAACAUACAUGUAAUAUAUACUUUUAAUUUACAAACCACUUUUAUAUCCCUGAACUGUAUUCAUGUGUUUGAACAGCCAGGUAUGUGGAUCAAUGUCUGUGGUGCACAUUAACAUAUAAUAUACCUGAACAGAUCCAUGGCUGUGCAGUAGACUAAUUACCAA